AAAUUUGUACUGCAGAGCUCUCGCUUCACGUGUGCAUUUUUCCUGCAAUCAUAAUCUCCGGUGAUUUUCGAUACGGAUGGCUUCUAUCUCGCUCCUUAACCCAAAGGCGGAGUUUGCCAGGGCGCAGCAUGCAUUUAACAUCAACCUUUCGGCAGCUCGUGGUCUUUACGAUGUGUUGAAGACCAAUUUAGGUCCCAAGGGAACAAUGAAAAUGUUGGUUUCCGGUGCCGGAGACAUUAAGAUAACUAAAGAUGGAAGUGUUCUGCUCCACGAAAUGCAAAUACAACAUCCUACAGCAAGUCUUAUUGCCCGGGUUGCGACGGCUCAAGAUGACAUGACUGGAGACGGUACCACAUCUAAUGUGCUCCUAAUCGCAGAGCUGUUAAAGCAGGCUGAAGUUCAUACUUCGGAAGGUCUACACCCGAGACUAAUUACUGAGGGAUUCGAGUUGGCCAAGAACAAGUGCAUUGAGCUCCUCUCCACCUGUCGUAUCGAAUGCUCCAGCGAAAUGCCUGAUCGGUCCAUAUUCCUCUCAGUGGUCGGCACUUCCUUGCGCACCAAGCUUCACAAAGACCUUGCAGAUUUGCUUACUGAACACGUGGUGGAUGCGGUUUUUUGCAUUCGACAUCCGGAUGAACCGUUGGAUUUGCAUCGGAUCGAGCUAAUGCAAAUGCAGCACAAAACAGAUAUGGACACCACUUUGAUUAAGGGAUUAGUUUUGGAUCACGGUGGCAGACAUCCAGACAUGCCUAAGCGCGUGAACAACGCAUUUAUACUGACUUGCAACGUUUCUUUUGAGUACGAAAAGACUGAAGUAAAUUCUUCGUUUUUCUACAAAACGGCUGAAGAAAGAGCGUCCUUAGUCAAAUCGGAGAGGGAGUUUAUUGAUUUGCGCGUACAAAAGGUCAUCGAUCUAAAAAACAAAGUUUGCGGAGAAGCCGGUGGUGAUCCUAAGCCAGGCUUUGUAGUCAUAAACCAAAAAGGAAUUGAUCCCUUCUCGCUUGAUGCCUUCGCUCGUGAGGGUAUCCUUGCUCUGCGUAGGGCCAAGCGACGAAACAUGGAGCGUGUUGCUCUUGCUUGUGGUGGCUUCUCAGUCAACUCAGUUGACGAUCUUACACCAGACUGCCUUGGUCAUGCUGGAUUAGUAUAUGAAUACAUUUUGGGUGAGGAAAAAUAUACCUUCGUUGAGGAGUGCAAAAACCCGCGCUCCGUUACGCUUUUGAUGAAAGGGCCCAACAAGCACACUCUUACACAACUCAAGGAUGCCAUAAACGAUGGGUUACGCGCCGCGAAGAACACUCUCGAAGAUGAGUGUGUCGUCCCAGGCGCUGGCGCCUUUGAACUUUUCGCCCAUCGUCAGCUGUCAAAGUAUGCCCACGAGGUUAAGGGUCGUUCUCGCCUUGGUGUACAAGCUUUCGCAGAUGCCCUUUUGGUUAUCCCUAAAGUUUUAGCUUCGAACGCUGGUCAUGACAUUCAAGAAACAAUGGUGAAGCUUUUGGAAGAAGCGGCGAAAGUGGAGAAAAGAUGCGGUGGGAACCCACCCAACGAACUGAUUGGUAUCGACCUGGCCACCGGAGGUGCCAUGAAUCCGGUUCAGAUGGGUGUUUUCGAUAACUUCAUUGUCAAGAAGCAGAUACUCAGUUCUUGCGGUGUCAUCGCCUCUAACAUCUUGCUGGUGGAUGAAAUAAUGCGCGCUGGAUUGAGCUCUCUGAAAGGUUAAUUGUACAAUUUUGAGCCUUUGUCCCGGAGUAAAUGUCGUUCUUUGAUCACUUGGUUCUGAGCUACUGAUUGUUGUCUUUUCGAUGCUUCUGUUCGCGAGUUAACUGGUGACUGCUUUUACUGUUUGUAAUUACUAUUAAAUUAUGAAAGGUGUUCCGUUCACUUG